CGUGCAUUUGAGCAAAACCAGAGCACAAACAUUUGUUUCACAAAGUCCAGAUUUGCACAAACAAGUUCAAGCACAAAGCUAUUCUUAUAAAACAAACAGACUCUCUGAAUAAAACUGACCAGUUCUACUUUUCUUCAUGAUCUGCCCAGCCAUCAAGCAACUUAAUGGCUGCUAAAACAGCAGGUGGAAACAGGAAGUUUGGGUUGUCUUUUAAGACCUGGAGGGGUACUGCAUCGACCUACUGCGAUGUGACCUCUCAGAGAAUGGUUAGCAGUAAGGUCUCUGGAGACUUUUCUAUUGGCUAGCCAAAUGCCAAACCUGUGGAUUGAGGGGUGUCUCAAAACCCAGUGCACUGUGGGUGGAAUUGAUGGGCUGUCUGACCAGAAGAUGUAACUGCUCUGUGGCUCUGCCAAGCUCCUGUAGGGACCAUUUACCAAAUAGCUACAGAAGAGCUGCUGAAGAUGACAUACAAGUAUUCAGAGAAUCGGCCACAUACCAGUGCUAACUAAAGAAACUGAUUAGAGGGAUACUUGCGCCACCUUCAGGAGAGACGACAAAUGACAUCAGUUUCCUAGCAACAGCAGCACGCUAAACAGUCUCGACCAUCCCGCUUUUUGUUUAGCAGUUCAGUGAACCUAAAUGUGCAUGUAGGUUGAAUUACCUGACCUCUGAAUGGGUAAAAAAGUCAAGAAAGAGUCUGAGUCCUUUGCUAAAGAUGCGUUUGACCCUCUGUCUAUCGAGAGCAAGAAUGCAGCAACAGCAGUCCUUAUGCUUAGUUCUCCUGAAGAAGACGUAUUGGCAAAAGCUUGUGAAGCCAUCCUCAAAUUUGCAGAGAAAGGUGAUGAGAAUAAGACUUCUCUGAUGGGUUUGGGGGCAGUUGAACCGCUUUCUCGUCUUAUAUCUCACGAGGACAAGAUUGUGCAGAGGAAAGCUGUCAUGGCUCUGGGGGUUAUGGCUUCAAACAGUGAAGUUAGAAAAGCUUUGAAGACGCUGGAUGUGAUACCUGCAAUUAUCAGCAAACUAUCUGAAGAGGACAUUGUGGUCCUUGAGUUUGGCACUUUGUGUUUGGCGUCCCUGUCUGUGGACUUCUCAUUCAAGGUGCAGAUAUUUGACCAUAAAGGACUUGAACCUUUAAUUCAUCUCAUGUCCAACCCAGAUGCUGAUGUGAAGAAGAAUUCAGUGGAGUGCAUCUUUAAUCUUGUACAAGACUUUCAGAAUCGAACGGCUGUGCAUGGACUAAAUGGGUUCCCCCCGCUUCUGGAUCUGCUUCGCUCAGAGUUCCCUGUUAUUCAGCAACUUGCCCUGCGCACCAUAGAGACCAUCACCAGUGACAGUGAGAGUCAUGUUGCUUUUAGGAACACACAGGGUCUCAACAGAAUCCAGGAGGUCCUUGCAACCAAAAAGUUUAGCGACCUGCAUGAGGUGGCUCUUAGGGUUAUCUCAAACUGUUUGGAAGACAGCGAGUCCAUGCAGCUUUUUCAAGAGAUGGGCGGCCUUGAGCAACUGCUGCAGUUUGUUGUCACACCCACAAUGCCUGAGGUGCAGGCUAAUGCAGUCAAAGCCAUAGCCAGGAUGGCACACAACGGUGAGAACCGAAAAAUCCUUCAUGAACAAAAUGUAGAAAAGGCCCUCACUGACCUUCUUGCAGAGGAGAAUGACAACAUCCGCACAGCUACGUGCCAAGCUAUUGCCACCGUGAGCAAGAACCUGUCCAGCAGAGAGACUUUCAGAUGUUUGGAUGCGAUCAAGCUCAUCGUACAAAUGCUGAACAGUGAGCAAAGUGAUGUAAGAACGGGUGCAGCAGAGGCCCUAUCCAAUUUGACUCACAGCAGCAAGCUUAAUGCAUAUGCGGUGUACGAUGCAGAGGGCGACAAGCUUCUGGUGCAACAGCUGCAAGGCAGCUGCGCGGGAGCAGCUGUGCACGCCGCAGCGGCCUUGACAAACAUGGCAUCGCUGGAGGACCUGCGCAUGUGCAUUCUGGCCCAUGGAGCUAUGCCAGCCUUGGUGGGACUGCUACAAUCCACUGAAAAUCACAUACUCAUAAGUGCAACGCAGGCUGUGGCUGCACUGGCCUGUGAUGCUGAGGCCAGAUUGGAGCUGAGGAGUGUCGGAGGUCUGCCACAUUUAAUCAGACUGCUCAGAUCGAUCAAUGCUGAGGUACGGAAGAAUGCCUGCUGGGCAGUUUGUGUGUGUGCAGAUGAUGAAAUAACUGCCAUAAAGUUGUGCAAUGCAGGAGCUCUAGAGAUACUCCAAGAAAUCAACCUGUCAUCUCACCGUAAAAGCAAAUUAAGUGAGGCAGCACUGCAGAAACUUCUGGACAACAAUCUAUCAUUGAAGUAUAGUCUGACAGGACACCUGUCACCCACUGAUAUAACCACUGAUGGCUUCUAUGACCCUGGACAGAUAAGAUCGGGUCAACAGGUUUCUACUUUGGAAGAUCUAUCAAAACAGGUUGUCAACCAACAUCGAGCCAUCAUCGCAGUUAAUGGAAAAACGCCAGAUCAGCCGAUUGCUAAAGAACCAGAUGACCGUAAACAGGACAGUCCAACAGAAACCGGCACCUCAUCAGUUAUGAGCAGCAAGCGAAGCAGUAAAACACCAAUUAAAAUGAAGGGAAAAGGCCAAAAAGAGGAAAAGAAGGAUGAAGAGGAUUUUAAGCCCCAGCCGGAUGUGCUUCUGGAGGAAACGUGGAAGCUGCCAUACGAUGCGGAGUUUCAUAACCUUGUCAAAGAGGCAACCAAGUCUGUCUUGCCUCUUCAAGAUGAGGUUAAGAUGUAUAGCGCUUUAGCUGUGUUGGUGUGUGAUGCGAUGGGUGGACACGUUGAGCCAGGGAAACAGCAUGACUUUCUGUGGGAACUUCACAUAAGUGAGCUGAAACUUGAAGUCCAGUCCAACAUCAUUCCAAUUGGCAAGAUUAAAAAGGGCACCUACUACCACAGAGCACUGCUUUUUAAGGUUCUUGCUGAUAGAAUUGGACUGAGCUGCAGUCUCGUGAGAGGACAAUACAAUCGUGCCUGGAACGAAAUCCUGCUUGUCAAAGGUGGAAAGAAACGUGGUUAUGCUCAGCCUGAGAGCUACGUCAUAGAUCUCAUGCACCAACCUGGCAACCUCGUGAAAAGCAACUCACCAGCAGCUCAAGCAUAUCAAAGCAUUUAAGUGCACCUAUACUUCAAAUGUGUAUUUUACUGAUGUUUUAUUAUUUUAUUCUAUUACACAUUAUUUUAUUUUUGUGUGUGUUUACCCUAUACAGCAUGUGGACCAAAUGUCCCCUCAAAAUGGCAUAAAGUUCUGUUUAGGGGUUGGGUUAGGUGUUAACAAAAUUAUAAUAAAAGAGUUUGACAAAAAAACGACACAUUGCAAAAUCAAUGUUAAAUACAAUAUAAUAUUUUUAUUAUAUUCAUUUAAAGUGAAGCAAAUACAUUUAUGUUGCUUCUCGUUGUUUGCAUAACCUUUACAAUUCAGUUCAAAUAUAUUUAGUAGCUACAUAUGUAAAAGCGUCACAUUUUUUCCUUUGAAGGUCAAAGUCGAUAAAAUAUAGGUUGGAAUGAUAGGCGCGAGAACUCCCCGAUAAGACAACAAAAAUAAGCAGCAAAAAUAGAUUUUUUUUUGUAAAUAUUUUUUUUUUACAUCCAGUUACUCGAGUGACGGCACGUGCAAGGUUUGAUCCGGACGAGCGUGACCCAUACGUGUGUCAGUUGUGACCAGUUUCUGCUGCUUUUGUGGGAGGGCAUGAAGACAACACAGCUCAAUUCAGCAGCUUUAGUCUAUGCAAAAGUAGCUUGAGAUCCGACAAAUUUACACCAGUGCAUAAACUAAUAUAUCGAGAAGUAUGUCACGCAUUCUAGUUCGUUUCUCUUCAGUGUUUUCCAAUGGAGCUGUCAAA